AUGGUGGCCCGCCCCUGUCCCGAGUAUUUCUUCGGAGUGCGAUACAACACUUCAAGUAAGCCGGAAGAGGGGGGGCUGCAAGGAGGGCACCUUGAGAUAGACAGAUCAGCCUAUUUUCAUUCGUGGGCUGGAGAUUCGACACGUUGCCUUCAGUUCCCUUAAGCAAAAGUUUGCAAAAAGUACUCAGUGGGCUCACAUUUUUCCUGCAAUUUCUAGACACAGCUCCAAGAGGUUUUUCCAUUUGUCCCACCACUUUCCCCGGGAAAAUCUGUGGUUUACUGUUGAAUCAGAACAAAUGUCAAUCAGGUUUACUGCAGAUUGAUGUUUGUUCCGAUUCAGCAGUAACAGAGGGUUUUCCCGGGGAAAGAGGCAGGACAAAAGAAAAACCUUGUGGACCUGCCCCUGCAAAUGAUGGGACAAAGGGGAGUGUGGAUGAGCUCAAUGUUGUCUCUUAACAGAGAUGAAGAAAGGGAAGAACCCCAGUGAUGAUAGUGUCAGAAGCUCAAAUUUUGCAGUUAAAUGGGGUGAUGGUUAUGAAUCAGAACGACAUGUUACCCUUCCAGGAUAAGAUGUUAAUGUCUCUGAUGCCCAUGGUCUUGGGAGGUUUUAUCUACCAGUGCUAAAAAGGAUAUUUUGUCGUCUUGGCUAUUCCUCAUGGAGAUUUUUUUUUUAGUAAGAAGCCUUUUUGUGAGGCUGACCAAGUCGAGAUUUGCAGAGUUUUGUCCUGGGGAGAAUUUUCAAGGCAGGGAAAGAUGCCUGCAUUUGUUCCACACUACAGUACAUUUAUCUAAGUAGAUAAAUAGGUACCGCUCUGGAAGCCCUACUGAACAAUGUGGGAUUUGCCUCUGAAUAAACAUGCGUAGCACAGGGACAUGGGUGGUGCUGUGGGUUAAACCACAGAGCCCAGGACUUGCCGAUCAGAAGGUCGGCGGUUCGAAUCCCCGCGAUGGGGUGAGCUCCCAUUGCUCGGUCCCAGCUUCUGCCAACCUAGCAGUUCAAAAGCACGUCAAAGUGCAAGUAGAUAAAUAGGUACCGCUCCUGCGGGAAGGUAAACAGCGUUUCCGUGCGCUGUUCUGGUUCGCCAGAAGCGGCUUAGUCAUGCUGGCCACAUGACCUGGAAGCUGUACGCCGGCUCCCUUGGCCAAUAAAGCGAGAUGAGCGCCGCAACCCCAGAGUCGGUCACGACUGGACCUAAUGGUCAGGGGUCCCUUUACCUUUUACAGUACUGACAUAAAUGCUACGUACACAUUAGUGGCUUAAAACACAGAGAAAAUGCAGGGUUGUCUUCACCCAACGUGCAUUACGUGAUUUGUUUUCCCACGCUUGCAAACACACGCCCUACACAAAUCCUAUUCAAUAAAGCUGUUAUCGGCACAUGCACAAUGGCUGCCUCAAAUUGUACACACCUCAGCAUAACUGCAAAAUGAACACAGCAGAUGUUUAUGAAUUGGAUAGAAUCUAGCUUGAGGGAAAGCACAUCAAACAGCAGUAUUUCUCAAGGAACUACACGAUAGAUGUGGGUUGUGACUAACAUCAUGGACCCUUCAAAUACUAGCAGUGGGAGUGCACAGGAGCCAGAGUAAACCAGAAUAUGUACACAACCGAAGUCCUCCUUUUUGUUAGUGCCAAACACAUAGCCUUGCAGCCGUUUCUAAAAAGAAAGAACCAUACCUUGUGGGGAGUGGGAAUGGCCAGGAACAGAGAAAUGGGGGUGAGGAGUGUCAUGCCUAACUCCAAAGCAACUCUAGGGGAGUGUAACCGCUUCAGUUGCACUGUGUGCAGAGCUUCUGGGGCGCUGCAACAGGUACUGCAACUAUGAUAUCCAAUGGAAGGCAAGAGGUGGGGGCGAUGGAUUUUGGCACACUGCACAGGGCGCCACUGAAAUUUGAGAUGCCAAGGUCCAUCACUGCUUAACCCUUUCCACACCUACUCCCCCCACUGCUCCUGCCGCUCACCGUGGCAGCAGGGUUCAAAAUGCAUGUUUGAAUUGGGGGUACCCCUGGUGUGUGGGGUGUGUGUGUGUCUCGGGCAGGGAAACAGCAAGUACAGAAAGGAGCUCCCUUCUUCCACUCCUCCUGCCCCGUACUUCUGUGUUCUAAAUUUCCACCUUAAAAAAUAAAAAAGAGGUCACUGCACUAGUAUUAACAUGUAACGUGCAAAUUGAAUCACGGGGAUCUUCUAUACUGCCUCCUCAGUGGUUGGAUUAUGCUGACCUCUUUGCAGACUUUUCUGCUUGAUUUUCAGCUUGUCAGGAAGAGCCAUGGUUCUGUUGCAAACCUGAACAUCAUGCUGGGGAAGAAAGCAGGCCAUCUUCCUGCUCUCUUUGGAUGGUGUCCUAUUUUUCCAGUUCAGUUCUUAAGCACCGCUAGGAAUUGGGGGGGGGGGGGGCAGGGAGCAGGAAUAAAAACGGGGAGGGGCAAGGGGCCUUGGCAAGCCUCAUGUUGUCCACUGCUACCAUCUUGGCCACCAGCAUCACAUACCCCCCAACAUGUUGCAUCCCAUGCGUCUUCCUGUCUGCGCUCCCUUUGCGAGUCACGUGACCUGUGUGAGAUCGCAGCCCCUCCAAAAGCGCUUUUCCAGUACGAGAUCUCGACACGAAAUCAUGUGAUAUCACGGCACCCAAAAUGGCCGCCAUGCUCUUGUGGGGGGGGUGAGAAAUGGGAUGUCCCUAUUUUUCCAGGGCACUUGUGGGGUAUGGGAUCAGGGGUUCAAGUUGGUUGGGCCUAGUGGCAGGAAUACUGCCUGCCACACGCUACCUUUGAGUCCAAGCCAAGCCCUUGCCAACACUGUAGGAGCUAAAUGGCAGAGACAGCAGGAUGCCUCACCACCCUGCUUAUUUGAAGUCUAUCCACAUUUCACUUGGCUUGCUCUGCCGAAGCAGCUAUGGCUUAUCACCCUUCCAAUCUGACCUGACAGCUUUGAUUUGAAAUGAGUGGGAAUAGCCUCAUAGUUUCUGAGGGGAUGAACGGCCAGCAAUGAAGCUGUCAUGUGAGCAAAAACGAUCCUGUCACACAGUUUCAACAGGUUUAGCUUUCCCCUUUCCCUCCUUUCUCCUGUCAAGAGGGAAAAGCAAUGCGUGUGUCCCCCCCCCCCCAUCUCGUUCUCCAGGGGCUAAAGCUUAUUAAGACCUUCACUUGCCACAGCCAUUCCCAUCUUUGCUAAGGUUAUCUGCAAGACUCCUGAGGAAAAUAAAAUGGGCCAAGAAGCUCUGAGGAAUUCACCAAAGCUGGGAGAAAAGCUCAACCCCAAGAGGCUUAACUAGGGGUUAGUGAAACCAGCCCCUGCCAGGAGCGCAGGCCCAGCACAGAUACAAGAAUCACCUCAGAAAUCUGUCUCAGGUUGUCUCUCUAAGAUUCCCUGUCUAAGAUUGUGAGUUUAGACAAGAGCUGAAAGCUGAGGGUAGGAGAAAUGGCAAGGUGGUGUGAAGACAGACUGCUGGAGACUAUGGAGGGUAUGAUAUAUAUAGGACAUGCGAGUGUUGUGGCAAGAUCAAAUGCAGAAGAAACUUCCUGUCCUUCUUGCACCGCAAUAUAAAGGUGUGCAGUUUCUUCACCCUUCCUCCUCGCCUUGCCCUCACUUGGGACACUUUGAGUACUUAGGUCGUCUAAAUUGCAGUAAUUUCUAAUGUGGCUAUUGCAGCAAAGUGGUUUUCCCAGGGGGAGGGGCGCCAAUACAGUUCCUUGCCACCCCUUUGCAGCCAGCACAAGUUCAUCCCAAAGUAUGAACGCAAGGUCAAGGGUGAAGCCAGCAGGCGCAAAUUCAAUUUUCUCCACCUUAUCCAUGGUUAUGUCACAGGCCAAUUGUGUAAGAACUUUGCCCGAUUUGAAAACACCCUCUGAUUAUGUGUAAUCCAAUUCCGCGGCUGCUCAGACCACCUUUGUCCUAAAGAAUACUAGAUUGGGCCAAAUUACAUGUUCUGUAUCAACUGUGUUUUUCAAAUUGCGUUCUGAAGGGAGCGGGAGGCGCUUUCAGCAGACAAUGACUGCAGAAGCAUCAAAGACUGACUUGGCUGCGAAAACUCAUCAAACAUCAGAGGCUGGGCUUUCACAUUAUCUCAAGAACAAUACUUUUCACUGAGUGCACUGCAGCUGAGUGGCUCGAGUUAUGAGACACUCAGCGAUACAUGCGUGUGUAAGCCAUAAGUCUUCAGCCUGAAUUUGUAACAUCUUGUUUUAUUGUUUGGGGGGUGGGGAAUGAUUAAGAAGGAGCUUAAUUUGCAAAUGGGUCAGUGAGAUAAUCACAAACACGUCAUUGUCAGCAAUUUUAUUUCCUUAUUGGGUUUUCAGGAUUAUAGGGCACAGGGAUACGGGCUGGAAUUUUGAGGCCAACAUUGUUGUGUGGACAGUACCAAUUUUUUAAAAAAAUCAUAGACUUGUAGAGUCAUCUAGCCCAUCCACUUGCAAUGCAAGAACCACAGCUAAAGAAAUAGAAUCAAACCUGCAUGCAUGUGAAGCACUGACCCUGCCAUAAAUACCCACCUGGAAACAUUUAAAUACCACAGUUUGACACUUAGAGCAUGUCAUUCGAAAGCUUAACUUCUGUAACAGGGUGGGGAAUCUGUGGCUCUCCAGAUGUUGUUGGACCCCAACUCUACAAGUAGCCAGCAAGCCCAGGGAUGAUGGAAGUUGUAAUCUGAUAACAUCUGGAAGGCCAAAGGUUCCCCACCCUUGUUCUAUAGACUAACAAGAUAAUCCUCAGCAAUGAGGAACCUGUAGCCCUGAACUACAUCUCCCAGCAUCCUUCACCAUUGGCAUCACUGUUUGGAGCUGAUGACAGAUGGAGUCCAGCGACUCUGUAGAGCAGAAGACUCUUAAUCUCAGGGUUGUGGGUCCAAGCCCCACGCUGGGCAAAAGAUUGCUGAAUUGCAGGAAGUUGGACCAGAUGACCCUCAUGGUCCUUUUCAACUCUAUGAUUCUAUGACUAUGUUCCCCACCACCUGCUACGCAUGUUUAAAAGGUAAAGGGACCCCUGACCAUUAGGUCCAGUCAUGGCCGACUCUGGGGUUGCGGCACUCAUCUCGCUUUAUUGGCCGAGGGAGCCGGCGUACAGCUUCCGGGUCAUGUGGCCAGCAUGACUAAGCCGCUUUUGGCGAACCGGAACAGCGCACGGAAACGCUGUUUACCUUCCCGCAGGAGCGGUACCUAUUUAUCUACUUGCACUUUGACAUGCUUUUGAACUGCUAGGUUGGCAGAAGCUGGGACCGAGCAAUGGGAGCUCACCCCAUCGUGGGGAUUCGAACCGCCGACCUUCUGAUCGGCAAGUCCUGGGCUCUGUGGUUUAACCCACAGUGCCACCCAUGUCCCUGUGCUACGCAUGUUUAUUCAGAGGGAAAUCCCACAUUGUUCAGUGGGGCUUCCUUAGUGUUUACAGAACUUCAGGCUGGUUCAAAUAAGAAAGCCAGGGAUUGUUUUGCUUGUUCUGUCAGCAUAUCUUGUUCUAGCCCUCUUAUUGGAUAGAGAGAGGCAACUGAGGCCUCAGGCUACUGAUUCCGAGUGUCAUGAAAUGGCAGCAAAUUAUUAGUUGUUUGAUUUAUUAUCAUUGUACUUUGAUAGUCAGGGAUGGGGAGAGAUUCCUGUGGGACUGUAUGCCUCAGGUACGAAAAUAACUUGGCUAACCUUGAGUACUUAAGGUUAGACAUGCUCAUGAUUAAGCAGUAUACAAAGGCCUUAAAUAUUAUAAUAAUACCUAAUUAAGGGGGUUGGGCAGAGGCUCCAUUUGCUGUUGACCUCAGGCAGCCAAAUGUCCUGGAGGGCUGGCCACUGCUGCAACUUCAACGAGUCUCUCACAUAGCUUGUGUCACACUCCCAGGACCUCUCUCAAUCUCUUUGUCUGCAUUUUUCUUUUCCAGACAAUGUGUACAGAGAAUGCUUUGCAAACGGGAGCUGGGCAAUCCGUGUGAAUUACUCCCAGUGUCAGGAGAUCCUCACCGAGGAGGUAUGAACUGCCAUACAUUUCAAGUAGGGCUAUAUUUCAUUAUAAAGCGGCCAUACCGUGCCUCACUACCACCUGAGUAACACAGUCCCUGGGAUUCUCUAUAUAAAGGGCCAGAUUAACUUUCACAACUUCCCUCAAAGAAAUUGCCCUACUCAAAUAUUAGUCCUACUUGGACUCAUUGAAAUCAAGGAGCAUGGCUAACUUGGGUCCAUUAAUUUGAGUGGCUCUACUCUGAGCAGGGUUACCAUUGGAUGCAAUCCUCUGAGAGUAUAACUUUACCUGUGUUCUAUCUUGUGAAGUGCCCUGAGCUCUUAGAAUGAAGGGCAGUAUAUAAACGGAAUAAAUAAAUAAAAUUCACCCUGGCUUUUGCUUCCAGGGAUCCACCUCCUUUUGUUGUUGUUCUUGUUUAAUCUUCACACCAGUGUUUCCCAAACUUGGGUCUCCAACUGCUUUCGGACUACAGUUCCCAUCAUCCUUAGCUAGCAAGACCAGUGGUCAGGGAUGGUGGGAAUUGUAGUCCAAAAACAGCUGGAAACCCAAGUUUGGGAAACACUGCUCUAGACUGUUCCAUUUUUGUUCAGAACUGUUUUAUUUGUCUUCAUAAUUGUAUGACUAUAUUGUUGUAACCUGCCAUGGGACCUCAUGAUGAAGAGCAAGUAAGAGAUCUUAUAAAUAGAAUAAAGUUGAAGCAGAGAUUACACCUGCUGGCUUUGUUUUAGCUCUAAAGCUGAAUGACCCAAAAGUUGGGGUACUGAUUCUGGUUUUAUUGAUGCCUUUUAAUCUCCAUGGAUAUAUCAAGUGAGUAUGCAAAGGAGACUUUCUCAAUGAACUAAGCUCUACAGAUCAGAUCUGUCGUCUUCUCUCUCUGUUGCUCUUAAUAGUACCCAGAAUGUACCACUUUGCCACGCCUCAUAGUGGGGUCAUCUCAGGCUUGUGGUCACCUUCUAAACCUUCUGAUUUGGGUCCCUACUCUUAAGCCUGGCCCAUGGAUUCUGCCAUGGGGCAGAGUGUCACUGCAGCUGCAUAGCAACAGCCAGUGGCCGGUGCAUAUAUUUCCUGACUAUGCAGCUUGUACGCACGCAUGUGUGUUUAGUGGAGGGGCACGAGAAGGAGGUGUGCAAGGAGUUUUCAUGGUGUAGCCAUUAUCUGGAAAAUCCCAGAAGGCUGUCACUUAAUUAGAAUUUAGAAAAGGUUCCUGGAAACAUGAUAUAUCCGCAGCGGCAAUUACAUUUGACUGUCCCUGGGGGCUUGGGUUGAAGUCGCAGGAGAGGGUGGCUGGAUAAUUAAAUUAGCCAACUGUCUUGCUGUGAAGCUUUCAUCCAUUCUGUGAAUUAGCAAUUAAUGUUGGGGGGGUGGAGAGAGAAAUAGCUGUGCCCCCCCCUUUGUGAGAGGACAGUAGCAUCUUAAACAUCAGAAGGCUGCAAGUUGUUUUUCUCCACAUGGUACUCCGUUCCACAUCUCUGAGGAUCCCUCCUUCUACAACAGGAUGGUCCAAGGCACAGCCCAGGGGCCACAUGUGGCCCUUGAGGCCUGUUUUGGUGGCCCUCAGCAACAUUUGACACCCCUGCCCAGUAGUGCUGGGCUUUGGUAAGUGAGAGCCAGUGUGGUGUGGUGGUUAAGAGCGGUAGUCUUGCAAUCUGGGGAACCGGGUUUGCGUCUCCGCUCCUCCACAUGCAGCUGCGGGGUGACCUUGGGCCAGUCACACUUCUUUGAAGUCUCUCAGCCCCACUCACUGUUUGUUGUGGGGGAGGAAGGGAAAGGAGAAUGUUCGCCGCUUUGAGACUCCUUAAAGGCGGGAUAUCAAAUCCAAACUCUUCUUUGGGAAACAGGCAUGAGGCUCUGACAGGGUCAUAGGGUCCUCCUGCCUCCUUCCCAAAUCCUAGCUAGCACUUUCCAAGCUUUGGGAAGUAGAUGAGAUGGUCUAGGACCCUGACAGAGUCUUGCACCUCCAUCCCAAAGCCCGGCAACCUCACUUAGCCAGCUUUCAAAAGGUGGCACAAAGGCUGGAGGAGGGCACCCAGUUUUGACCUUGCUUCCCCUUCCCCUGGUGCGACAAGGCACUAUGUGGCCCACAGGUUCAAUGUCAAAGUACUCUUGCAGCCCAUUUGGCAGGAAAAGGCAGCCCUGUUCUACAAGCACUUUCAUGUGACAAGACAUUAUGCCAAUAAAGGCUGAAUGAAUUAAUGAAUGUGACAGACCAACCCUGCUGACCAGUCAGCUCCGGAGCUGCUUCCCUUUCCUAUAUCGCUCCUAUCAAGUCCAAAUACCACUCUUGGAAAAACAUUGAAGACCCUACAAGUGUCCCUAUUUUCGAAGGACGUCCCUGAUUUAGAGAAGCUAUCCCAGUUUCUGAUUUGAUGUUCCACUUUUCCUUAGGAUGUCCCUAUUUUCAUUGGAGAAAUGUUGGAGGGUAUAGAAUUAUCCAACCCCCGAGCCGCCUGAAGGCAAUCCUGUUUAGGGAAGGGUUUUUUUUGAAAAAAAAUGUUUAAUGCUUUAUUAUGUUUUUAUGUAUGUUGGAAGUUGCCCAGAAUGGCUGGGGCAACCCAGUAAGACGUGUGGGGUAUAAAUAGUAAAAUAAUCAUUAUGGAAUGUGACGUCCCUCUUUUCAUUGUUGGAGGGUAUGGCCAGUGUGGUGUAGUGGUUAAGAGCGGUAGACUUGUAAUCUGGUGAACCGGGUUCGCUUCCCCGCUCCUCCACAUGCAGCUGCUGGGUAACCUUGGGCUAGUCACACUUCUCUGAAGUCUCUCAGCCCCACUCACCUCACAGAGUGUUUGUUGUGGGGGAGGAAGGGAAAGGAGAAUGUUAGCCGCUUUGAGACUCCUUCAGGUAGUGAUAAAGUGAGAUAUCAAAUCCAAACUCUUCUUGUUGUUGUCCUCUUCCAUCGAUCAUUGUGCACAGUUCUUCUCAGACCCUCUGAUGCUCAGUAUCCCUGGAGCUUGCCAUUACUUAGUAAAACCUAUGGGAAGAUGGUUCAGGAGUGGCAAAAGGAAGCAUCUUAUUCCCACGCAUGUAAAGAACAGGAAGAAUGGUUGUAGCUCAGUGGUAGAGCACAUGUUUUUUAUGCAGAAGGUUCCAGAUUUCAGCUCUUGGUGUCUCUAAGAGGGCUGGGAAGAUGUCUCCCUCCGAAACUAUAGAGAGCUGCUGUCAGCCAGUAUAGACAUCGCUGAGCUAUGUGGACCAAUGGUUGGGCUCAGUAUAAAGCAACUUCUUGAACUGACUACCACUUAUGCUGCUCCUUAUAAAAGAUUGUUAGCUAAACCCAGAAGAGGAGGAGGAGGAGGAGAUCAUUUCACAGAUGAUCUAAAGGUCAGCAUGACGAUAAAGGAGCUAAAGGGACCUGUGGCUCUCAUGAUGUUGCUAAGAGUCCGUUUCCCACCAAUUGCAACCAGCGUUGCCCAUGCUUAGGACUGAUGGGAGUUGUAGUCCAGCAAUGCCUAGAGGGCGCCAGAUCUACCCAUGUCUGGUUUGAGGAAAGGGAAAGCAUUGGAUUCAGGGUAAUGGCUAAGCAGAUUCUCGUUGUUUAAUGGAGGCUGCUUCCACCACUGACUAGUGAAAGAAAGUAAGACUAUUGUGGCAUUAUCUUUGAAAAGGUCUGAAGGAAUUGGACUGCAAAUGAUAGUUACUAUACUAUUGUGGCCCAAUGCUGAACCUUUUCCUGCCUUUCCCCCUACAGAAGAGAAGCAAGUUGCACUACCACGUUGCUGUCAUCAUCAACUACCUUGGGCACUGCAUUUCCCUGGCAGCACUGAUAGCUGCUUUCAUCCUCUUCAUGCGCCUGAGGUGAGUCAGGCCAAAGGGCCCAUGAGAUCAUUUGAAGCAGCCCUCGCCUGCCUGCCGCUGGCCAGAUGUUUACACACUACACGGCCAUGCUAGCUGGGGCUGAUGGGAGUUGAAGUCCCAAAAGCAUUUGGAGGGUGUGACAGGCUGGGGAAGGCUGAUCUAAAAAUUAAAGAGAGGUAGGGACAAGGCAGUAACAUGCGAGGGGAGGGGUUCUGCCUUGAGAGUGGGACAGUUCAUCCUUUGGGCCUGUGCUGCCAUUUUGCACGCUCUUUCCUUUUCUCCUCCAGGAGCAUCCGGUGCCUACGAAACAUUAUCCACUGGAACUUGAUCACUGCCUUCAUUUUGCGGAACGCCACGUGGUUUGUGGUCCAGCUCACCAUGAAUCCAGAAGUCCAUGAAAGCAACGUGGUAGGUUCUCCUCAGCCUGGCCUCAAAUCUGGUGCUAGCAAUUUGGCUUGGAUGCCUGCUGGACUUUGAAAAACAAAACAAAAAAAGCAAGGGGGAUCGAGAAACUUUCCCCAUGACUUUUGAGGUCACUGCUUCUUGACCUGUUAUAUGAAAGUCAAGCCUUGAAAACAUACAUCUCUAUCAGGGUCUCCAGCUGUUUGUGGACUACAAUUCCCAGCAUCCCUGACCACUGGUCCUGCUAGCUAGGGAUGAUGGGAGUUGUAGUCCAAAAACAGCUGGAGAUCCAAGUUUGGGAAACCCUGAUCUAUAGUGUAAAGCCCUAAGAUAUUGUGAGCUGGUGAUGAUAGGGUUGCCAUAUUUCAAAAAAUAAAAACCAGUACACCCCAAAACUUGUUGAGCUUCCCCCCACAAAAAAAUACCAAAAAAACACGCUUUCUCAAUUGACUUGCCUAAGAUCCAGAACAAAAUGCUGCCUUUUGGAAAUCCCCCCACUCCAAUGUCAAUUCCUCCUUUGAAAUCCCAGUAAUGUACAGAAAAAUCCAGACAUAUGGAAUCUCUAGGUGAUAAGGCCUCUGGCAAGGGGCUGGAGCUGAGUGGUAGAGCAUUUUGCAACAUGCAGAAGGUUUCAGGAUCACUUCCUGGCUUCUCCAGGUAGGCCUAGGAAGAAAUGCUACCAAUUAGUAUAUAGACCAACAUGAUCAUGAUCACUUUGCUUUAGCACCUUGAAAACAUUGGCAUGUCUUUAAGAGUUUGAAAGAGCCAGCUGAUCAGGCCCAUAAACCUGUCAGAUAUUUGCAAGUUAAACUGCAGGGUAUUUCACCAUGACCGGUCCUACGACCAAAAAUGAAAUUCUAAUCCAGGUAUCUCCUUGUUGGAUUUGUUAGCAGAAGCUAAGGCAGCCUGGCUGAGGCUGGGUGGAAUUGCCGCCCCUAAUUUCUAGAGGGUGCCAUGUUGUUGAAGGCUGAGCCAAGGAACGCUUUCAAGUCUGUUGAUCUGAGCUACCCGGCACCUGAGGUUCAGCCGAGGUCUCCUUAGUGUGUGAAAAGGAAGUUGAAUUUCCAUGAGCUCUGGCAUCUUGAGAGUGAUGCCGUAGCUUAUUUGCAGAUGAGUUGAGCUAUCUUGCAGUUGGCUUUGCUUCGAUCUGAAGGGUUGGGAAUUUUAAAGCCAAAGGAUGGAGCCUCAGCCUCACUGUUUAUGAAUGUUCAGCCGUUAGCAGGCGAGAGGGGAUGAUGCUAAGCUGUUCAGAGUAGCUGUGAGCUGUGUCCUCAUAGAGGUAGGGUAGGCUUGCUUAUGGCUAGGAUUGUGGGGAGCUGUUUCCUCUUAAUUCAUCCAUUCUGCCUGUUCCUCACCACACACAGCCCUGGUGCCGCCUCGUCACAGCUGCCUACAACUACUUCCACGUCACCAAUUUCUUCUGGAUGUUUGGCGAGGGCUGCUACCUUCACACGGCCAUUGUCCUCACCUAUUCGACAGACAAGCUGAGGAAAUGGAUGUUCAUCUGCAUUGGCUGGUGUGAGUGGCAAGGAGAGGGGUGGCUGUAGCAUAUCCUGCAGGGUAGCCAGGCGACAAAGGGAUAGCUCAGAGUAUGAGACUCUCCACCUCAAGGUCGUGGGUUCGAGUCCCAUGUUGGCCGAAAGAUUCAAGGGGGUUGGAUUAGACUCAGAACUCCGCUGAUGUUCAGGAGUACUUUUUUGUUUAUCAUGUAUACCUUUUCAGAAUCUGAAAGCACAUUCUGGAGUUAAGCCAUAGGGACCCAGUGUGCCUUUGUUAUACGCUCAGAGGCACCAUCAUGCGUUCUAGUAUGGGCAACAGGGCCUUAGGCUGAGCUGCGAUGAUUCCAGGGGCACAAAUUAACCUAUUCGCUCUGCAGAUGCUCAGAAGCACUCUCAUUCUCACUCAUUAUAGGAGCACUGAGCCCUCACACAAGAAAUAACAGGCUCUGCGUCUGAGCUUAGGAAAUAGCACUGUGAUAGUUUCGCUCGGUAUGGGUGGGUCCCUGAGCUGAGGCCACAUAUCCCAUUUGCUCCCCCAACUACCACAACCCCUUGCCUUAAUGCCAGGUCAUUCCUCACCGGAUGCCCUGAGACCUGUCUUUGCUUUCAUCCACAGGCAUCCCUUUCCCCAUCAUCAUCGCUUGGGCCAUUGGGAAACUCUACUAUGACAAUGAGAAGUAAGUCAGUCCUAGUCUCUCUCUCUCUUUCUCUCUCUCUCUCUCUCCCCCAUCCUGCUUUUCUGCUGCUAUGGUAAUGGCUUCUAGAGCAGGCUUGCACAGCCUUGGAGUGGGUGCUAACGGAGGGAUCUGGGGGUGGAAGGAGGGAAGCUCUGCUGGCAUUUCUCCGCUUUGCACAAAGGCAAUCAGGAGCAGACUUGGGGGCGAUUUCAGCAGACGAGCAAGAAAUCAGGAGUGGCCUUGCUUGCAGGCAGGCAGUGUUCUUCCCCCACUCUGCCAACUACCACCCCAACCACCCAUGAACCAAACAAAAAGCUGUUUACCUGCACCAAGAAUGUGGAUCAGUGGCUUCCAAAUGUUUUGGAGGCCACCGCUCCUUUCGUUCCAUAAACUCACCCCCAGGGCCCCCUAACCUAUAAAAAGCACUACUCAGAAUAUUGAAAUGCACCACCCACCAAGGGAGAUGAUAAUUCAAUGAAAUUUGAAACAGUGGCAAUUAGUUGCACGUGCAUUCAAAGCCCAAUUACUUAGUUUAAUUAAUCAGCAAAACUGAUGAAUGCUUGAUCCAGUGAUACCAGCUUUUCAAAGUCUGAUAGUCAUUUACGUCUCCAGCACCCCCUGCCACCUUUUGGCACCCUGCUAAGUAAUCCUGCCGUCCCCUGGGGGGUAGUACCAUCCACUUUGAGAACCUUGGGUGUAGGUGCUUAAAUUUCAGGGAUAUCCUAGUUCCAAUGGAUAGGAUUAGUUCAGGGAAUGGAAACCUCUGACCGGUGGGACAGAUUAGGCACUUCCCAUUAGGCCGAUGAGGCUGUUCUGCCAAGCCCACCUGCCCUCCACCUGAUGUCACAUGUCAGAUGUGAGGCAGGUAAAGCAACAGCUGGGCCGAAAAGAAGCCUGUAGGAUCAGUGGUACGUGCAAGGAUCUGUGUAGAGUGAGUGCCCUGCUUGGCUCUCCUAGCGCCAACAGUCAGCUGGUUGUCAGGGCUUCGAGGGCCGUGUAUCUGUUGCACUGGCUCCCGGUGGAGUAUCGGGUCAGGUUUAAGGUGCUGGUUUUGACCUUUAAAGCCCUUUGUGGCUUAGGGCCCUCGUAGUUACGGGGCUGCCUCUCCUGGUAUGCCCCGCAGAGGACAUUAAGGUCCAUGAAUAAUCAUAGUUUAGAGGUCCCAGGCCCUAAGGAAGUUAGAUUAUCCUCCACCAGGGCCAGGGCCUUCUCAGUGAUGGCUCUGACCUGGUGGAAUGUUCUGUCCCAUAAGACCAGGGCCCUGCAGGAUUUAAUUUCCUUCCGCAGGGCCUGUAAGACAGAGCUAUUCUGCCUGGCUUUCAAUUUGAACUUAGUCUGAUCUUUUAUUCCCCUUCCUUCCCUCCCCCUCCCCUUUUUAUGAAGAUUACCCGCUCUGGGAUCCCACAGCUAAUUCUCCCCUGGUCUCUUCGCUGGCCCAAAUAGGACUAAUUUAGUCAGCUAGCCCUGGUGAUCAUCUAAUGUUUAUUGGAUGGAUUUUCCCCCUAAAUUGAUUUUUGAAUUCUGAAUUUAUUGUUAUUCACGUUUUAUACUGUAUUUUGUGCUGUUCUUUGUUGCAUCAAUUAAGUGUUUUAAAUUUGUUGUUAGCCGCCCUGAGCCUGAUUUUCUGAACCGGGAAGGGUGGGGUAUAAAUAAAAUAAUAAUAAUAAUUAAUAAUAAUAAUAAUAAUAAUAAUAAUAAUUUAUUAUUUAUACCCCACCCAUCUGGCUGGGUUUCCCCAGCCACUCUGGGCGGCUUCCAAAAGAAUAUUAAAAUACUGUGAUACAUCAAACAUUAAAAGCUUCCCUAGACAGGGCUGCCUUCAGAUGUCUUCUAAAAGUCUGGUAGUUGUUGUUCUCUUUGACAUCUGGUGGGAGGGCGUUCCACAGGGAGGGCGCCACUACCGAGAAGGCCCUCGGUAAUAAUAAUUAUUUAUUUAUUAUUAUCAUCAUCAUCAUCAUCAUCAUCAUCCACCCAGGGCAAAAGCAACUCACCUGACAUGAUUAUGAUGUCAGGUGAUUGGCAAGUGGGCGGCCCCUUGUGGGAGUGUUGCAAGCAACUUAGAAUCAGGAAAGCAGUGCGGGAAUGGAAGGGGAUUAACCCACUCUUUUCCCAAGUGCUGCAUUUCAAACCCAGCUUGCUAUCCCCACCCACCCCCUGCAGCUACUUUUAUAAGAAACAGAAUUCUUGAACAAGCUAGAGGUCCCACCCCAAAUUUCCUAACAUCUCUGCAUCCUUUGGCCCUUCGUAGUGGGUUGAGCAGCGGUGAAGGAAGGAACAUUCAGCGCGCUCCUCGAUUCUCUGUUCAGUAGCUAGAAAAAGUAGACUAAAAUAGGAAGAUUCAGCAAAUCCAGACAAAUUUGCACAGUUUAUGGAGGUAGCAGAAUUAAACUACUUGGUGAUUUACUUUGUAAAGUGUAAACACAGCACUGGGCAUUGCUAAUGAAACACCAUCGUGGGAGGUCCCCCCCAGUUAAAGCAGCCUGGGAUUUAAUGAGAGGGUCUUAUGCUUUUCCCUCUGGGCCUUGAUCCUGCUUUCCCAGUGACUUGCUAAUGGAGGACAUAGCAGCCCCCUGGCAAGUUGCUUCCAUGGCCAUUAAUCACGCAGGCGAGCAGGAUUGAUUUGGGCUGGCCGCCAUUUGCCUUAAUUAUCAGCCAUGGCUUCUCACUUUCAAGUAAGUUCUGGCUGUGGCUCUGGCUGAAACCAGUCACCCACCCUCUUGUUUGGGGUUCCAAGCCACUUAGAAAGGUCUUCUUGGCGGGUUUUUAAAAAAUUGUUCUUUCCCCUGACACCUUUCCCUACCUUUCCCAGCAACUACAGUCUUGAGGGGUGGUGACAGUAACACAGAUUAUGAGGUUCAAGCUUGGCAAUGCAAUAAAUGCAUGGUUUCAUGUGUCUUGCUUUUAGAAAGAAAGAAAAUAAAUAGCAGGAAUGAGACAGUGGGUCUGAUCAGGGUAGGGGUACCAUGCAUGGGUAGGGGGUGGUUUCAUUUUCUCUCCCAACUCCUCCUUCCCAACUGCACUGGUUUUAUUUUCUUCCCCAAAGCUGCUAUUUGUUUUGACAGGGAAGCCUGACAUUGGUGGUAGCAGCUGUUUCCUUCUGGGAGCAAACAGCAGUAUUGGGGUGUGGGUGAUUAUUUUCAUUGGGACCAUGGCAUGGGAGGAAGGGUUAAAAACCACCCCUUCCGGCACUUCCUGACACUUACCUAUCUUUAAAUAUGCCGGCUGUUUGUUUUCAUCAAAUAGAUAUGCGUGAAAUGUGCCGUACGUUUUUCAUUUUAUCCAGUUUAGGUCAUGGUCUUCCAGUCUUGAAGCUCUUCUUCCUUAUCCUACAUGUGUUAGGAGGAGGUUUUGGCCAAGGAAAAGCACUCUGCCCAUGCCCAGAGAUGUUCUUUCUUUAUUAUAUCCUGUGUCAGAAAUGGAUUUGAGGCCUGGACUCUGGUUCGGCUUCAACCGUGGAUGAAGUUAAAUCCUCACUGUGGUUUCUUUGUGCUCUGCAUUCCGAAUUACAGGUGCUGGUUUGGAAAACGAGCAGGGAUUUAUACUGACUACAUCUACCAAGGUCCCAUGAUACUGGUGCUGUUGGUAAGAGCGGAAGUCCCUUCCUUCCCACUCUCAAUACUUUCUCGGGGUACAGUGCUGGGGGUGGAGGCUGCUUUUGUGGCUAAGGUGAUGUAAGAACAAAAGAGGCCAAGACUCCAGUACCUUUUCAUAAUUGUGCAGAAAUGGAAGCAUCGGCAGCAAAAGCUGAUCAUGGGGGCCGGGCCGAUCCGUCGGUGGGAAAUUCUGCACUAAAAUUUCCUGUUCUACCCAAAUACAAUAGCUCUGUCAUUCUCUUGCAUCUGGUCCUUCUGGAAGUAACCCCCUUGCAGUUUUGCAGUUUUUUGCAGAAUGCCUAGGAGGGACACUUUUAAAAUUUAUUUUCAGCCAAACUAGAUGUGAUGCAAGCCAUGCAUGAAGUUAAACCAGGCCUGAUAGUUUCAUCUUCACACAUCUUAGAUGGGAAGGAACCAGAGACGUCCUCUUGGGCUGAAGAUUAGGGGGGCCCAGCAGCAUGGCAUGCCUGUGACAUCACAUGCCCAACAUGCGCAUAGUUGCGAGGAGGUCUUGCCCAGUGCCACGCAGCUUCAAUGCCCAUGGUUCCUCCUCUCUCACACUCAGGAGGAGCUUGCCUUUGAUGCUGUGCUGGCUCAGCUGUUUGGCCUCCUCUACCCCCUCAACAUUUGCAGGGCUGAGACUCCUGCUAAGGAAUAUUGAGGGGCAUGACGACAGUCUGCUCCCUAGAGUCAACACUCCUGGAAGGGACUCUGAAUUUGAUCACUGCUUUUUUCACUUAUGGUUGGGGCGGGGGGGAUAUUGGCUCCAAGCAUAUCUUCCCCUGCAGGUAAAAAAGUUUAAAGGGGACAAUUUCCAUAAAGGUUGACUCCCUUUGGAAUAAAAAUUGUCCAGACUCGUAAUUAUUAUUCAAAGCUUUACUAACCAAACUUCUUCAAAAACAGAACAAAAAAAUCAAUGGUACACCCAAAACAUCGUAUAAACCAUGUACAUAUCCAAGAAUAUAUUCUUAAAUAUAUAAUUAUAACCAGAGCUGAGAUCAAUGCUCUGUCUUUCCCAUAGCCUGCAUUACACUGCAUCCAGCCUGGAGAGGCUUCUUAUUACAUCCUUCUCUCACUAUGUCUGGGAACAAAAGGCAACCCCCUUCAAAAUGGCAGAUUUGCAAUUGAAUACCCUAAUCAUGUGAUCUAAAGUUAAACACUCACGUGAGUGCUAGCAGAGAACAACAACAGUUAAUUAUCAACCCAGCUAGAGGCUGAGAUAGAGCUUCCUUCUAGCUGAGUAUACGCCAGUGGAAUUUUCCGAUGUUACACCCUUAACAACAUGCAUACAGGCGUUCUGCAUUUCAGUGUGUGAUUAAACAAUUAGCACUCCACACCUAGGGUGGCCUGAUGCAAAGGAGGGGACUUGCACCUUUAAUAAGUUGCAUAGCAAAGGGAAUUUUCAGCCGAUAGAGCCUAUGUGACAAGCUCCACCUGCUGAAAUAAACAACCAUUAAAGAUGCUGGAGGCCCCCAUCCCUGUUUUGUAUUUGACCACCUGAUCCACAUCAAAUUCAGACAUGGUUUUUAAAUUUAAAAAAUAAUAAUCCAAAGGUUUCCUGCAUCACAUCUAAUUGGGCUCUUCCUUCCAUCUAUCCCUCCCACUCUUCCUUUCCUUAUUGCUUUUGCCAUCUUGGCACAAUUUCUAUCUUGCGCGAGCUCAACACUACCACCGGCACUGCUACCAACUGAACACAGCACAAUUCGCACACCUCCCCUGCCUCCAGCAAAUUUGUUAAUGAUGUUAUUUGAUGAGGAUAAUAGCAGCCGCUAUCAGGCAGCCUAGGCUGAUACAGAGGCCUGGGGGGGAAAGUCGGAGGCGAUUUGUCUAGUUAGAGGGCCUGCCGCGCCGCCUGAGGAGACUGCUGCCGCCUCUGCCCUCUGGGCAGCCACUUUGUAACACUUCCUGAAUCCUCAUGCCUAAUUUCCCCCAGGAUUAGUGCUUCUGGAGGAGGCCAGAGAGCGAAAGAAGGCAUGAGGGUUCCUCGCGUGUUAUCUGGACAAACGUUAAAUUAAAGCAGCCUCUCUCUGGGAGAACUUUCGGUCUGAGCUGGGCUCGAUCCCAUUCUUCCAUCUCAAUCUCAUUCUCUCUUUGUCAGAGACAAAGUAAAGUAGGGUCUUCAUUACUUCUUCAGAAACCCUGAAUCACCUCCCAGCAUUCCUUUGUUAUGUUAGAAGAGGCCAUUAUUAUUAUUUUUUGCCUUUUCUUCAUUUUUUUUAAAGCACUCACCUGCUCGCUGCAGGCAAUGAGGAACUCCACGUAGGUGAGGGGGCUGGUGCAGGAAGGACAGAUCCUUCCACCUCUCCCUCUGCUCGUCUGCUUGAUAGACAGUAACUUUUGAACAAGCCCACAAAGAGGCUAGCAGCUUGCGUUUUCCAUCUUGGUUGCACAGGAGGGGCAUUCUACUGGCCUCUUAGCAGAUUAGUACAGUCAUACCUUGGGUUACAGAUGCUUCAGGUUGCGUUUUUUCAGGUUACGGACUGCCGAAACCCAGAAGUACCAGAACAGGUUACUUCCGGGUUUUGGCAGUCGUGCAUGCGCAGAAGCGCUAAAUCAUGCUUUGCACAUGCGCAGAAGUGCCGAAUCAUAACCCGUGUGUGCACAGACACGGGUUGUGAAUGCUGCAGAUUGCGAACAUGCAUCCCGCACGGAUCACGUUCGCAACCCAAGCGUCCACUGUAACUUUGACUUAUUGACAAGGCUGGAGUAAUACUACAGUGCUUGCUAUAAUAAAAAGCAAGCCAAAUGCAUAAAAACACUUCUGAGGGGUUUUGUGGCAUUACUAUAGAACUCAGAAAGCUCAAUUUCAUAUAUAGGUGCGAUCCAUUUCACAUGCUGAUCUCACUCCCGAAACACAAACGUAAAAGUGUGUGUGUGCUUUUGUGUGUGUGUGUGUUUGUGUGUGUGUACAUAUAAUCUUGUUAUGAAGACAUACAGAACAUUUUGAGAACUUUCCCAGCAGGGUGUGACAGCAUAACCCUAACCAUGUCUACUCAGAAGUAAGUCCUGCUGAAUUCAGUGGGACUUAAGUCACAGAUAAGUGGGUUUGGGAUUCCGUAUGCUUUUAAAUCUAUAGUGUGAACCUGACUUGAGAAGUACAAGGCAAUGGAAAUGAGGGCUGCUUCCCAGGUAAAGGAAUCCAGUUCUCAAAUGUUCCUCUCUUCCCAUGGAAGGAGGUCCUUAAAAAAAAAAAAACAAAGCAAGAGAUGCAUCUUUCUUGUGACACGCUUCCCUCCUAAUUUUUUCCAGCGUUUUGAAAACUGGUUUAAAAGGUGCUGCAGGGAUUUCUUGGGAGUGGGGUGGUAACUUAUGAGUUGGUGGUGUUGAGGCAAUAGUCAUUGGGCAUCCCCCAUACCCAGCUUCUUCCCAGCUCUCUCUGGGGAUCUGCAAAACCAUUUUUUCUUUAUUUAUUACUCCUUAAGGCAGGAAUAUAUAUAUAUAUAUAUAUAUAUAUAUAUAUAUAUAUAUAUAUAUAUAUAUAUAUCGGCUGUCAAGCCCACCCCUGCAACUCUUAAAAUGUUAGAUCUGUCUUUACUUAUAGCUGUGGGCCAAAACAAGAGGGUUCGACAAAUACAAAACGCUGCAAGUGGAAUGGAAUGUCAUUGACCUAAUUUAUCAGCAAAACCAUCAAUCACAUUUGCUUUAACAAACUGCUCUGCAACAAGAAGUAAUUCAGCAUUUACUGGCAGGCCAAUAAAACAACCCAGCUUGAAAUGGGAGGAAACCCUCUACAUCUCUAAUCUCCGCAAACAGUGGACAGUCCAAACUGAAAGGAGAGAUGGAGCUUCUGCAGCCAAUGAAACAGAUUUCAAACGGCCAUAUACAAAUUUCUGUGGCCUGAUCAGUAAAUAAUUUUACUGUACACACCUACCUUGCUUUUCAUAAAGGAGCUUGGCAUAUUUUGGGGAGACAGGUCAAUUAUCUGAGAGGGUUUAUUUUGCAUCACAUCCAGAAUGUGGUUGUCACUAUCCCCCCGCCCCAAACUCCUUAUUUCCACUCCUAAAAAGCACUGACUCCGAAGUCCAGCUAAGCUCUGAAGACUUUUAAAGCAAGAUUAGAUUUCAGAUUAAUAUUGUUCUGUCAGAUGAAAUAAUGGCCAUUUGUUUUUGCAAUACCUUAGAGAGUAGCUCCCCCUAGUGGAAGAGAGAGUAAACCGGACUGGAAAUGUUACUUUGGUUGAGAUCCAUUCAGGUGGUUCUCAAGCACGGACUGAUUUUGAAAACUUGCCCUAGAGAACAGGUGUGCACCACCCUGAUUGGGGGGGGGUUGACAAAAUGUCAUUUUGCAUUGGUGGUGGAGGCAAUUCUUUAUACACUUACUCCACCAGUUAAUCUCGUUUCUGUGUCUAUUCCAGAUCAACUUUAUCUUUUUAUUCAACAUUGUCAGAAUCCUGAUGACGAAGCUUCGGGCCUCGACCACCUCAGAGACAAUACAGUACAGGUAUCAGUGCAAGAGCACAGGUGGGGAAUGGGUGGCUAGAGUUUAUGAUAGGGGCUAUGCUAAACCACUAUUCUGACUCCUUGACUCAAAUAUAUUGUGCAAAUUGAUCAGGUUUCUAUUAUCGCUUUGCAGAAUUAAUUGAUUCUGUUCACCGUUAAGAGUACUGAAGAGAAGGCCCACUUGCCCUCCCUAGCUACAGAAAGCCCUGCUCGCCAGCCCUUUUAACUUUUAAAAGGCACGAGUCUGGUAACCCAGAUGCAGGAAGUAAGGCUCAGGGCUUACUCUGAGCCAGAGGUCAAUUCUAGAAUCUGCUCUGAACCGGGACCAACCCUCUCCCGCUUGGACUACUGCAAUGCGCUCUACGCGGGGCUGCCAUUGAAGGUGACUCGGAAACUACAACUAAUCCAGAAUGCAGCUGCUAGACUGCUGCCUGGGAUAUAUCAUACUGAGAGCCAGUGUGGUGUAGUGGUUAAGAGCGGUACACUCGUAAUCUGGUGAACCGGGUUCGAUUCCCCGCUCCUCCACAUGCAGCUGCUGGGUGACCUUGGGCCAGUCAUACUUCUCUGAAGUCUCUCAGCCUCACUCACCUCACAGAGUGUUUGUUGUGGGGGAGGAAGGGAAAGGAGAAUGUUAGCCGCUUUGAGACUCCUUAGGGUAGUGAUAAAGCGGGAUAUCAAAUCCAAACUCUUCUUCUUCAUUUUCAAGUGUUGUUCUUUGUGGAAGGUUCCCUGCAAGUGGAAGUCUAAGCACACUAGGAGAAGUUCUAGCUAUCCUUCUAUUUGCUGCUAUAGCUUCCCAUUUGCAGAAAGUGGUUUUGGAAUAUAUAUAUAUUGUGAUCCUCGCCUCAGUCCAUCCUUUGGACUCUACCACCUCAUUCCCACUUCAUUCUGCUACAUGUGUAGAUCCAACCCUAACCUUUGGCGAGGGGACACUGGGGUGCCGGUUUGGAAUUGAUUUGGAUUUUAAGUCCUGUGCUCUUCCUUCAGAAAAGCUGUGAAGGCUACCCUUGUGCUCCUUCCUUUGCUGGGCAUUACCUACAUGCUUUUCUUCGUCAACCCCGGUGAAGAUGAAAUAUCCCGGGUAGUCUUCAUCUACUUCAACUCUGUCUUGGAGUCCUUCCAGGUACGGAAAACCUUGUGGAAACUAGAGCCCAAAUGCAUUUAGGGUUAAGGGGUGUGAAAUCCAUACAGAAUCUUAUAACUCAAAAUUGCUUGCAAUAACUUCAGUGUAUUUAUGUACUUAUUUUAGAUGUUGUUUUAAAUCGCAUUAUCGCCACCCGCUGGCGAUUCCAAACUAGGGCUUCUGUUGGACAUAUAUGGGUUUUAGAAAGGGGAGGAACCAAACUGAGAGAUCAAAAUCAGCAGCAUGAAACUUCCUUAAAAUUCGCUUGCAAGGCUUAUCUCCCAAGGAUUGACUUUCAUAUGGAAAAUUUAUAGCAAAAACAAAAAAAUACUUAAAUCUGAUUUGGGAAUUUGUUUUGUUUUGGCUCUGGUAGAAUCACUGCACGCCCAGCUCCAGGGACUAUUUACUAACCUCAUCAUGUUCCUCCUCCUCUUCCCAGGGCUCUAGGAAACCUGCUUGCAUGAUCCAGAUCUCAGCAUUGUAUUUGCAAAGUGAUGAGAUUGUGCUGUUGAGCAUGCAAAGAAUUCAUUAUGUGAAGAUUGCAUCUCAUUCCCCACUCUGUGUCUAUUCUCUCUCCCCACCCCACUCCCAGCCCAUCUCCCAAACAUCUUGGAUUAUAAGGCAAGGUUCACAGAUCAAAGUAUUGAGCCCUGGCACUUGCCAUUUAAAAAUGGGAAAUAGCCCCAUAGGAAGCGCCCACAGGAAACACGGUGCAAAAGGCUGCAGUUAUUUCUCUCUUUCCCAAAGCUUGACUAUGCUAUUCUUUCUUCUCUAAUCAGGGCUUUUUUGUCUCUGUCUUCUACUGCUUCCUGAACAGUGAGGUGAGCCAAGGUUGGGGAAUGAGUGGGCAGAGAUGGGGGAGGCUUGCUGGGUCUCAACUUGCAUGCUGCCCAAUCUAUCAUACAGCCUUUUGAAAAACAGAUGAAUCGCCAGAUCAAGGGGUUGGCCCAGGGGCAAGAUCAAUUACUAUGGGCAGAGACAAAUCAACCCAAAGCAGAGGAUGAAACGUCAUGCUUAGGAGAACAGGAUGAAGCAGUACAAACUGCCUUUAUGUCAAAACAUCCCUACAGGGGAAAGCUCAGGAAAAUGACCAUGCUACGAUGUCUCUCCCUUUGAGCAAUUUUUCUAUGAUCAAUCCAUUUCAAAUUGAAGAAUUUUAUGUUGCCCCCUCUCUCGCUGUCUGUAGGACUCAGGUGGAAUAGCUCCAGGAAAGUUGAGAUUUUACACUGCAUGGUGACACUCACAUUUUUAAAGGAAUUUUUUUUUUACAUAUUCAUCCUUGGCGACCCUAUGGAAUCAGAGGUGGCCAUUAGUCCUGAUUAACUCACCAGUAGCCUACUAAUAUAGGGACAUGGGUGGCGCUGUGGGUUAAACCACAGAGCCUAGGACUCGCCAAUCAGAAGGUCGGCAGUUCGAAUCCCCGCAACGGGGUGAGCUCCCGUUGCUCGGUCCCUGCUCCUGCCAACCUAGCAGUUCGAAAGCACGUCAAAGUGCAAGUAGAUAAAUAGGUAUCUCCUAUUCCUCCAGCGGGAAGGUAAAUGGCGUUUCCGUGCACUGCUCUGGUUCGCCAGAAGCGGCUUAGUCAUGCUGGCCACAUGACCUGGAAGCUCCCUCAGCCAAUAAAGCGAGAUGAGCGCCGCAACCCCUGAGUCGGCCACGACUGGAGCUAAUGGUCAGGGGUCCCUUUACCUUUACCUUAGCCUACUAAUAUAAAGUGCAAGAAGGCUGCUAGUCCUACAGAUUCACAGAAGCACCCCUAUGCUGUGAAUAACUUUGGGAAAGGAUAUUUUCAGUGUGUACAGCCCCUUCUACCGCCGGGAACAAAACCCCAAAGUUCUUCCACCUGCUGAAGCUUUCCUGUAGAUGUACUUGGAACUCCAACUCCCAUCAGCCACAGCCAAAUGGACAGGGACGAUGGGAGUUGUAGUCCAGCAGCACCUGAAAGGCUGCUGGUGGUCUGUCCCCCAUCCCUUCACAAGCCUUGUUCUCCAUUAAAUCUGUCACCCCUUUUUAAUUGGCAGAUGACCCCUUUAUUUACAGUACAUUUAUGGGUAUUUGUGGUGUGUCCCCCAGGUUCGCUCUGCAGUCCGGAAGAGAUGGCACCGGUGGCAGGACAAGCACUCCAUCCGAGCCAGAGUCGCCAGGGCCAUGUCCAUCCCCACCUCCCCAACGCGCGUCAGCUUCCAUAGCAUCAAGCAGUCGACGGCUCUCUGA